AUGGAGAGAGGCAGCGAACGUGGUGGAUUCGGGCGUGGGUUUGGCCGUGGCGAUCGCGGUGGGCGUGGUCGUGUUGGUCGAGGUGGUGGUGGCCGCCGUGAGGAUGAGCAGAAAUGGGUUCCCGUCACCAAGCUAGGGCGACUUGUAAAGGAAGGGAAGAUCGCUAGUCUCGAGCAGGUGCUUCAAUUUGCCGGGAUUGAGGAUGUCUUCACCUCUUCCCGAGGAUCCACCAAGACUCUUGGCAACUUUGUUAAGGCAACUUUCGAUUGUCUGAUGAAGACCUAUGGGUUUUUUAGUCCAGACUUGUGGAUUGAGACUCGCUUCGCUAAAUCACCAUUCCAGGAAUAUACAGACCUACUUGCGAAGCCAACCAAGGAAAUCCUUGAUGAUGUUGUUGAGAGGGCUGAUGACUAA